UGCCCCCGCCGGUGGGCUCAUGGCUGUGAACGAGGGCGCCAUCUUCCACGGCUGGGUGGUGCACAAGGUGGCAGAGUUCCUGGAGACCUUAGAGAGGACCUGCAGCGGGGUGUGGGCAGCCGCCUGGACUCCCUGCUGGGUCAGUGCAUGUACUUCGGUUUGUCCUUCAGCAGGGUGGGGGCGGACUUCCGCGGGCAGCUGGCGCCCAUGUUCCAGCGGGUGGCGGUGGACACGUUCCGCGGAGCCGUGAAGGAGGCGGUGGAAAAGUUCCAGGAGGACAUGAACCUGUACACCCUCAUCGCCCUGCCCUCAGUGCUGGCAGGGACCAUCCCCGUCGUAGCCCCCGCCCCGCAGCCCGGCACCCUGCAGCCCCCAAUGUCCCUGCUGGACUUCCAGCCGCUCGCCUGCUUUCUCAACAACAUCCUGACCGCCUUCAACGACCUCCGCCUCUGCUGCCCCAUCGGAGUGGUGGAGAAUGUCACCAAAUGCCUGGAGGAAGCCCUGAAGAUGGUGACCCGUCAGAUUCUGGUGUUUCACCGGGCGGAGGAGACGGCCUUCAGCAGCCGGGAGAAGGAGCUGUUUAUUCAGUUCUGCUGUGCGUACGCUGAAGACCUGCUGCCCUUCCUGAACCGCUGCCUGCAGGUCCUGUUUCCACCGGCUCAGCUCGCUCUCAUCCUGGGUGUUCCUCCCACCCAGCUGCACAAGUACGGCCAUCUGGGCUCCAUCGACCUCGCCACAGUCCUCGAGCCUCUGGACUUCCUGCUUCCUCAGAAGGAGCCGCCGGUGCCAGAGGUCGACAUUACGGCAGAAUUGAGCAGCCUGACGUUUGACAUGGAGCCCAAAGAACGGCGCCGACCCCAUCCGAUGUCAGAGACUCCAAACCCGGAGCUGAACUGA